AUGACAUUAGGUAUGCCAAUAGCCAAUAACUUAAAACACAAUAUGAGAGAGCUGUUGACAGUCGAUGCAUUGCCUAAUCCAAAGCGAGUCUGGCAAGGUGAACCCAAUUCACGAGAUGAGGGCCUCGGUCGGUUGGUGAUUUUAACACCAGAGAUUGUCAAAGCAGCUACAGGAAGCAUCAAAUCGGGACGUCGUGUCUCUUUAAGCUGGGGGAUGGACAAACUUGACAUUGCAAAUUUUAACCGCCACCCGAGUCAGCAUCAUGUCGUGCCGUUGAUGAACGGCUCUGCUUUUGACGACAUCUAUAUCUUUAACCCUCAGCAGUCCAGCCAAUGGGAUGGGCUGCGACAUUUCAGUGCUCCUUCUAUAAAUGGUUCCCCUAGGCGAGUGUUCUAUGGGGGUGUAGAGUCUUCUGAAAUCAUGGAUAGGAGAAGUACCAGAAUUGGACUACAGUAUUGGGCGAAGGAAGGCAUCUGCGGCCGCGGAGUCUUGCUAGAUUACGUGGAGUAUGCAGCCAGACGUGAGAUCAAAUAUUCCUUAUUCUCAGAUCAUGCUAUUCCAUUGUCGAUUCUCCAAGAUAUCGCAAAAGAACAGGGCGUUACCUUUCAAUAUGGAGACCUGCUUUUCGUCCGCAUCGGACUGGUCCAGGAGUGGGAUACAAGAAUGACGAUGAGCGAUAAGAUUAAUUAUGCAUCCUCAACAAAGCCCUUGCAUGCUGGUGUUGAAGGAACAGAAGAAAUGCUGCGUUGGAUAUGGGACACUGGGUUUGCCGCUGUUGCCAGUGAUGCCAUUUCAUUCGAAGUCUUCCCGCCACAGAAAUCCUAUCCAAGGAAAGAUGGAGAUUCUGCAGUGGAAGGAGUAUUCAUGCAUGAGGUCAUUCUCGCGGGAUGGGGAAUGCCUAUCGGGGAACUAUUUGACCUGGAGGGGCUUGCACAGAUUUGUAGAGAAGAGAAACGAUGGGAGUUUUUUAUCGCAAGCGCGCCUCUUAAUAUGCCAGGAGGUAUAAGUACCCCUCCUAAUUGCAUAGCAAUAUUUUGA